AUGAAGCGUCCCAGACAACACCGGACCAUCAUACAGGAGACCUUACAUUCACCUAGCUUGGAUGACAAGGUCGUCAACACCAGUGAUGACGGGGAACAAGGAUGGAUGACAGGCAUUUGGAAUUACUUAAAAGAAGGAAUCCUGCCCGAGGAUAAGGAUAAAGCUCGGAGGAUGAGGGUGAGGUCAGCUAAGUUCGUAAUCGUCGAAGACGAGCUGUUCAAACGCGGCAUCUCCGCCCCAUUGCUUAAGUGCUUGACCGCACCUCAAGCUUCUUAUGUCAUCGAGGAGAUCCAUCGGGGAAUAUGUGGUAUGCACUCCGGAGCAUGCUCAAUGGGGACCAGAGUACUCCGAGCUGGAUACUACUGGCCCACAUUGAAGUCAGAUUGUCAAGCCUACAUGCAAAGAUGCAAGGAAUGCCUACAGUUCGGCAUCCCUCAUUCCCUCGUUACCAACAACGGCAGGCAGUUCAUCGCACAAAGCUUUGAGGACUUCCUCCGUGAGCUCGGUAUCAAACACCUCCUGACCUCGGUGGAGCACCCCCAGACCAAUGGCCAGGCCGAAGCUGCCAACAAGGUGAUACUUCGAGAGCUCAAGAAACGGCUAGGAAACGCCAAAGGACAAUGGGCCGACGAACUCCCCAGCAUCCUCUGGGCCGAGCAGAACGAUCAGGAGAUAGCAGCUGACCUUGACUUGAUCGACGAGUUCAUAGAGGAAGCUCAGAUCCAUGAAGAAGCCUGUAAACUCUGA